AAAGCCCGUCUCGGGGCGUCUCGCCGCCACAGGCUCUUCCUGUUUCUGGCGUAGCAGUCGUCGCUCGGUGCUGGAACCGCAGCGGCCGUGAAGAUGGCGUCCACAAGCCGUUUGGAUGCUCUUCCAAGAGUCACUUGUCCAAACCAUCCAGAUGCAAUUUUAGUGGAGGACUACAGAGCUGGUGAUAUGAUCUGUCCUGAAUGUGGCCUGGUUGUAGGUGACCGGGUUAUUGAUGUGGGAUCUGAAUGGAGAACUUUCAGCAAUGACAAAGCAACAAAAGAUCCAUCUCGAGUUGGAGAUUCUCAGAAUCCUCUUCUGAGUGAUGGAGAUUUGUCUACCAUGAUUGGCAAGGGCACAGGAGCUGCAAGUUUUGAUGAGUUUGGCAAUUCUAAGUACCAAAAUCGGAGAGCGAUGAGUAGUUCUGAUCGGGCAAUGAUGAAUGCAUUCAAGGAAAUCACUACCAUGGCAGACAGAAUCAACCUCCCUCGAAAUAUAGUUGAUCGAACAAAUAAUUUAUUCAAGCAAGUGUAUGAACAGAAGAGCCUGAAGGGAAGAGCUAAUGAUGCCAUAGCUUCUGCUUGUCUCUAUAUUGCCUGUAGACAAGAAGGGGUUCCUAGGACAUUUAAAGAAAUAUGUGCUGUAUCACGAAUUUCUAAGAAAGAAAUUGGUCGAUGUUUUAAGCUCAUUUUGAAAGCUUUAGAAACCAGUGUGGAUUUGAUUACAACUGGGGACUUCAUGUCCAGAUUCUGUUCGAACCUUUGUCUUCCUAAACAAGUGCAGAUGGCAGCUACACAUAUAGCUCGUAAAGCUGUGGAACUGGACUUGGUUCCAGGGAGGAGCCCGAUUUCUGUGGCGGCAGCAGCUAUAUACAUGGCCUCACAGGCUUCAGCUGAGAAGAGGACCCAAAAAGAGAUUGGAGAUAUCGCUGGUGUUGCUGAUGUUACAAUCAGGCAGUCCUACAGAUUAAUCUAUCCUCGAGCCCCAGAUUUGUUUCCUACAGACUUCAAAUUUGACACCCCAGUGGACAAACUACCACAGCUAUAAGUUGAGGCUGCUAACGUCAAACUCUUACAUAAACAGAACUUUACCUAUUGUACAUUGCCCAUGCAAAGGGCUGGGCUGAGCCUUUAAGGAGGAAAAAGGACGUGGUACGCAUUCCAAGGCUAAAUAUUAUUGCUUGGCAUUCUGUAUGUAUAUACUAGUGAAACAUAUUUAAUGAUUUAAAUUUCUUAUUGAAUUUUCUUUCUUUUGUAGCAAUCUAGGAAACUGUAUUUUGGAAGAUAUUUGAAAUUAUGUAAUUCUGGAAUAAAACGUUUUUCAAAACUAA